AAAAAAAAACAAACUGUCAAAUAACAUAAUCAAUCAGACAUGGAUGCUUGUUUGUUGUAUAAUUAAGACACAAUUGGAAUAUAUAUAUAUACUGUAUACCGUAUACCUUCCAUUCAAUCACAAGAUAAGAAUGAGCAAGUCAAACAAAUGCCCUUGCCUUAAAUAUUUCAUAUUUUUAGCCGGCGCGUUCGCUAUUGGUUUCCUUAUUGCUUGGUUUUCGCGAGGAAGUUUAGUGGAGAAUGUUGAGAAAAAUCAAACUUUUUAUAAAGGAUUUCAAGAAAAACUAGUUAAUAAUAUAGUUGAAAUGGUAGAGGGUAAAUAUAUUAAAAAAUAUUUAAGAACAUAUGCCGGAAAGCCACAUCUAGCUGGAACGCCCCAAGAUAAAAUCAAUGCUGAAACUCUUUACAAAUUCUGGAAAGGCUUGGGAUAUGAGACAAAAAUUAUUCCUUAUAAAGUAUUAUUAUCUUAUCCAGUUGGUGAUCCGAAAGAAUCGAAUCUAGUAGAAUUUGCAAAAUCUAAUGGACUUUGGCGAAGCGCAAUAUUUGAGAAGAAACUCGGAAAAGCUAUCUAUAACUACUCUGAGAUGGUUCAACCAUUUAACGGUUUCUCUGGAUCGGGCGAUGUUCGUGGAACACUUGUAUAUGUCAACUAUGGAAGAGAAGAAGAUUUUCAAUAUUUAAAAAACAAAUUUAAUAUAAACUUUCAGGGUAAAAUUGUAAUUGCCAAAUAUGGGAAAAUAUUUAGAGGAGACAAGGCUAAAACGGCUCAAAGGUGGAAAGCGGAGGGAAUAAUACUCUUCACCGCUCCAUUAGACUACGCUCCCGAGUCGGUUGGAAAACCUUUUCCUGAAGGAAUUCUAAUGCCAUCUAGUGGAGUUCAAAGAGGUUCACUACUUCUCGGGGGAGAUCAAUUAACACCCGACUUCGCAGCAACAAACAAUACAUAUUCAUACAGAAUAUCAGAGGCUGAAAUAUCAGACUCGAUAAAAAUUCCUGUCAUUCCGAUUAGCUAUGAGGAUGCUCAAUCUCUAUUAGAGCAUGAAACAAUAGACGAUGCUACCAUUAAAGAGAAAUUACCUUCCGAUUGGAAACAUGGGCUAAAAUUGAAAAAAAUAGAUACAUCUAUAUACUUUACUUAUGACAAUUCAUUUAACUUGCAAAGAACUGUAAGAGUCAAUGUGAACGUAUCGAAAGAAUUACGAACUACUUAUAACGUUCAUGCUACGAUCAAGGGCACGACGGAAGAGGACAGAUACGUGAUUGUGGGUAAUCAUAGAGAUGCAUGGACUCAUGGAUCUAUUGACCCAUCCAGCGGGACCGCCACAAUGCUUGAAAUAUCUAGAGUUAUCUCAAAAGUCCACCGAGAGAGAGGAUGGCGACCUAGACGAAGUAUUAUAUUUUGUAGCUGGGCUGCCGAAGAACAAGGUUUAAUAGGUUCAACCGAAUGGGUAGAACAAUACGGACAUAUUUUAUCAAAUAGAGCAAUAGCUUAUAUAAAUACGGAUAUAGCAGUUCAAGGAACAGAUACUUUCCGAGGUAGAGUUUCUUCCUCACUUAUCGAAACAGUUCUGCUAGAAGCGACAAAAGCUGUUAAAAAUCCAAACAAACAAGAGAUUAAAGAUGGCCGUAAUACCGUUUUCGAUACGUGGAAAAAGUACUACCCAUGUAAACAAAAUCCCGAAAAGCCAUACUUAAUUCCUCUUGGUUCUGGUAGUGAUUUUGAACCUUUUGUAACUAGGCUUGGAGUUACUUCUGUUGACCUGCGCUAUUCAUUUGAUCCGCGUAAACCCUUAUCUUCCUAUCCACUGUAUCAUACUAUGUAUGAAACUAUCGAAUUAGUUGAAAAAUACUACGAUCCAGAUUAUAGCUAUCACGCGUCUAUUAGUAAAAUAAUGCUCUACAUGGCUUUACGAUUAGUCGAUUCAGAUAUUCUUCCCUUCGAGCCGAUUUUAUUCUCAGAGCAGCUUGGAAAUAGCAUAAAAUCUUUUUCUAAAAAGGCUAUGAAUGUUGCAAGUGAUGUAGCUAAAAUGCCUAAUAAAGUCAAGGACUCUCUAGAUGAUUUACUUAGAGCUGCAGAUGAACUAAAAAAAAGAUCAAAGAGCUUUGAUUCUGUGCUAAAAUCUGUCGAUAAAACUAGACACUUGAACGUCAGAUCGAUUAAUGACCGCCUAAUGGAGAUUGAGCGUCACUUUAUUCACCCACAAGGGUUGCCUAAUAGACCUCGCAUGAGGAACUUGCUUCUCUCUCCAAGUGUCUAUAACAGUUAUUCAGCAACUCCUCUACCGGGAUUGUACGAUACUCUUUUUGAAAUUGAAAAAAAACAGAAAACUAGUUGGAAGAAAGUUCAUAAGCAAAUUAGCUUAUUGUCAAACGCCGUUAGGGAGGCGGCAGCCUCGUUAGAAUGUACUAGUAAUUUUAUGAUAUAGAUAAACGCAGAAUUAAGAUAGAAAGCUUGUAUUUAGUCUGAUCAGAAAUCUAUUUGAAAUUUUAAACUCGUUAUCUAUCUAUCCAUCUUAUCAAAUAUAGCUAUCAUUUUACUCAAAGGUUUAUUUUUGUGUGAAUAUCUACCGACAGAUGGCGUCUUAAAGAACUUUUACAAUUUGCUUUAUAAAAAGAAUAUUUUUCUCCCACACCUUUAAUCAUUCUUUCAUGUUUUCUCCCUCUCUCCCGCGCCUUCUCUCUCUGGCUAUCUGUUCAUUGAGUCUAUCUCGUUCAUUCUCAAUUACAAAUUGGUUUAAUAACGUUUACAGAAGAUAUCUGCCAGCUUCCGCAAUAAAUAAUGCAGCUGUAAACUGGCGAAUGGUUACCUAAACUAAAAAAACAAUUUUUGAUUGCUUUUAAUCAAAUAAAGGUAAUAUAAUUUGUCCUAGAAAGAGAAAAAAUAGUGAUAAAAUGUUAAAUAGUAUUGAACUGUAUAUAAGUACAUUUAUUAGUAUCUCUAUAUAUAUACUCUAAGGAUUGAUACUGUAUAUUUGAAACGUUUUCCUCUGUUUUCUAUAUUCUUUAAUAGAUAACGAAUUUGGAGAGAAAGAGAAAGUCUCUUUUUAUUGUUUCUUAAGUAUUAUUUAUCAAAAAAGACAACAAACCAAUAAUAUUGCACUCGCACGCCAAUUAUUAGGAUAAUUUCAGUUUGUUUUUCAACUUAUCUACA